AUGAUCCUCCACACUGGGGCCCCUCAGGGGUGUGUACUUAGUCCCCUCCUGUACUCCCUGUUCACCCACGACUGCGUGGCCAAACAUGACUCCAACACCAUCAUUACGUUUGCUGACUACACAACAGUGAUCACCGACAACAAUGAGACAGCCUAUAGGGAGGAGGUCAGUGCUGUGAUGGGGAUGGUCAGUGUCUCUCUGGUGCUCACUCAGGUCAGUGCUGUGAUGGGGAUGGUCAGUGUCUCUCUGGUGCUCACUCAGGUCAGUGCUGUGAUGGGGAUGGUCAGUGUCUCUCUGGUGCUCACUCAGAGGGAAGAUAGGGUGCAGGUAGAAUUCUAUGUGAAUGAAAACACUUUCAAGGAGCGCCUCAAGCUGUUCUUCAUCAAAAACCAAAGAUCCAGUCUGAGGGUGAGGCUGUUCAACUUCUCUCUGAAAGUAUUGAGCUGUCUCCUCUACAUGGUCAGAGUCCUACUGGAUGACCCACAUGAGGAGAGACAGGACUGUCUGGACUGUUCCAAACAGAAUGCAUCGGUCCACCCCAGCAGGACCCAGUUUGACUGGUCUCUUAUCAUCUGGGUGAAUAGGCCUCUGCCUCUGUGGGCUCUACAGGUGCUUGUAGCUUUCAUCAGCUUUUUCGAGACCAUGUUGCUUGUGUACCUCAGCUACAAGGGCAACAUUUGGGAGCAAGUGUUGCGUGUUCCCUUCAUCCUGGAGAUGAUCAGUGCUGUUCCCUUUGUGAUCACUGUGAUUUUGCCCUCCCUCAGAAAUCUGUUCAUCCCUGUGUUUCUCAACUGCUGGCUGGCCAAACACGCCUUGGAGAACAUGAUAAAUGAUCUGCACCGGGCCAUCCAGCGUACUCACUCAGCUAUGUUCAACCAGGUCCUCAUCCUCAUCUGCACCCUGGUCUGCCUCAUGUUCACCUGUAUAUGUGGGAUCCAGCACCUAGAGCGAGCAGGAAACAACCUGACUCUGUUUGACUCGCUCUACUUCUGCGUGGUCACCUUCUCUACUGUGGGCUUCGGUGAUGUCACGCCCCAGAUAUGGCCUUCUCAGCUGCUAGUGGUCAUCAUGAUCUGUGUGGCGCUCAUCGUGCUUCCCAUACAGUUUGAGCAGCUGGCCUUCCUGUGGAUGGAGCGCCAAAAGUCUGGGGGGAACUACAGCCGAUACCGGGCCCAGACGGAGAAGCACGUGGUGCUGUGUGUCAGCUGCCUCAAGAUAGACCUCCUCAUGGACUUCCUCAACGAGUUCUUCGCUCACCCCAGACUCCAGGACUACUACGUGGUGAUCCUGUGCCCAGCAGAGAUGGAUGUACAGGUACGGAGGGUCCUCCACGUGCCCCUGUGGGCACAGAGGGUCAUCUACCUGCAGGGCUCCGCCCUCAAGGACCAAGACCUCAUGAGGGCCAAGAUGGACGAUGCUGAGGCCUGUUUUAUCCUCAGUAACCGAUUCGAGGUGGACCGCUUCGCUGCUGAUCACCAGACCAUUCUAAGAGCCUGGGCGGUGAAAGACUUUGCCCCAAACUGCCCCCUGUAUGUCCAGAUCCUCAAGCCUGAGAACAAGUUCCACGUCAAGUUUGCAGAUCAUGUGGUGUGUGAAGAGGAGUUUAAGUAUGCCAUGCUGGCCCUGAACUGUGUGUGUCCUGCUACCUCCACCCUCAUCACCCUGUUGAUCCACUCCUCUAGAGGACAAACAGCACCCCCAGAGGCAUUCAGGCAACAUGCAGGAGCCUUCCAGCCCCUCAACAGGGAGGGCGGGGCAUGCUCAGCUGACCAGUGGCAGCGCACCUACCGCCGCUGCUCGGCCAAUGAGGUGCAUCACAUUUGUCUGGAGGAGAGCAAGUUCUUUGGGGAGUACCAGGGGAAGAGUUUCACCUUCGCCUCCUUCCACGCACACAAGAAGUAUGGUGUGUGUCUGAUCGGAGUGCGGAGGCUGGAAAAUGCCAACAUCCUGCUGAACCCAGGUCCUGGCCACAUCAUGGGCGGCUCAGACACCUGCUUCUACAUCAACAUUUCCAAAGAGGAGAACUCAGCUUUCGUCAGGGGCCACAGAGAGCCCACGCGGGGGUGCCCCAAGGGCAGUGACAGGGGGGUGGGGCCCCAGACCAUCUACCAUGGACUCACCAGACUGCCUGUCCACAGCAUCAUCGCCAGCAUGGGCACGGUGGCCAUUGACCUGCAGGACUCCAGUGACAGCAGCCCAGAGGGCCAGGGCCCGGGGGGCAUGACCAUGGGCAGUGGGGGAGGUGGAGGUGGCAGGGCCAGCCGGACAGAGGGGGGGUUGGGGGGCGCUAACACCCUCGCCCUCCCAGCCACAGCAGACUCUGCCGAGGAGAGACGCCACAGCAUCGCCCCUGUCCUAGAGCUGGUGGACGGGGUCAACUCAGCAACCUUCGACCCGCUGGGGGACCAAUCAGAGGACGAGGGCGGGGACGAGGGGAAGGAUGAUGGGGACGGAGACGAGAAUGGCCAGUGUUGGGGUGGACGCUGCGAGUGGGUGAAGGGGUACCCGCUGAACUCUCCGUACAUUGGCAGUUCCCCUGCCUUGUGUCACCUGCUGCAGGAAAAAAUGCCCUUCUGCUGCCUGCGCCUGGACAAGGCCUGCCACCACAUCCCGUUCGAGGACGCUCGGUCGUACGGCUUUAAGAACAAGCUGAUCAUCGUGUCGGCGGAGAGUGCAGGAAACGGCCUGUAUAACUUUAUCGCGCCCCUGAGGGCUUACUACCGCCCCAAGAAAGAGCUCAACCCCAUCGUGCUGCUACUGGAGAACAUACCCGAGCCAGACUUCCUGGAGGCUAUCUGCUGGUUCCCCAUGGUGUUCUACACAGUGGGCUCCAUUGACAACCUGGACAGUCUGCUGCGUUGUGGGGUGACGUUUGCUGACACCAUGGUGGUGGUUGACAAGGAGAGCUCCAUGAUCGCUGAGGAGGACUACAUGGCCGACGCCAAGACCAUAGUCAACGUCCAGACCCUCUUUAGACUGUUCCCAGCCCUCAGCAUCAUCACUGAGCUCACCCACCCAGCCAACAUGCGCUUCAUGCAAUUCAAAGUCAAAGACCACUACUCCCUGGCUCUCUCCAAGCUGGAGAAGAAAGAGAGAGAGAGGGGCUCCAACCUGGUCUUCAUGUUUCGUCUACCCUUCGCUGCUGGGAAGGUGUUCAGUGUCAGCAUGCUGGACACUCUACUGUAUCAGUCCUUUGUGAAGGACUACAUGAUUUCCAUCACCAGACUGUUGCUGGGACUAGACUCCAUGCCUGGCUCAGGCUUCCUCUGUGCUACCGAAGCUGGCACUAAGAUCGCACUCAACCACCUCUAUAAGGCCAUAAGCAAACAAGAAAAUGCUUAUCCAGAAGCGGCGCUCCUAGUGGCCGGGGACUUUAAUGCAGGCAACAUCCGCAUCAAGCUAAAGGCUAGAGCUGCCGCUUUCAAGGAGCGGGACAGAAAUCCGGAUGUUUAUAAUAAAUCCCGCUAUGCCUUCAGAUGA